UUUCAAUCGUGCAUGUCUCGAGUUCCAGCGUGUCUCCUGUAGCGAACCAAAAUGGCUGUUUAGAGAGAAGGUCCACUGUGUGUUCUUGGAAUGCAGAUCUCAGGAUCAGAUCCGUCCUGAAGACUGAUAUCUUCGAUUGUGAGACUUGAAUACGUGGUGGGUUUUUAAAUCUUCUCCUCCAUCUCCAAAGUCUUCACAGAGAAGAAGCGAUGGACCUGCACAUACUGGACCACAGACUGAGAGUAACCAGCAUCAGCAGAGAUGGGCUCCAGCAUUUCACCCAUCCCCUGAUCAAACUCUUAUUCUUGCGGAACAGGACCAGAUGCAAAUUCUUCAGUCUGACAGAAACACCAGAAAAUUACACCGUCGUCCUUGAUGAGGAAGGUUUCAAAGAUCUUCCCCCCUCUGAUCACCUGCAAGUGGAAUGCUCCACCUGGCUGCCCCUUAACGUCGUCUCCAAUGGCAACGCCUCCAGCAGCUCUCAGGCCGUGGGUGUCACCAAGAUCGCCAAAUCCGUCAUUGCACCACUGGCCGAGCAACACGUGUCCGUCUUCAUGCUCUCUACCUAUCAGACGGAUUUCAUUCUGGUGCGAGAGAAAGACCUAUCGGUGGUGAUCCACACCCUGGCUGAGGAGUUUAACAUCUUCCGGGAGGUGGAUGGUGAGUCUGUGCCCGUUCACAGCCAGGAUGUGAACAACGGCUUUCAGGGCAACGGCAGAGAAGUCCCUCGUUCUACACUGCACCCAGUUCUGAUCCCAAAGAAUCAGUUCUGCGUGAUGAGUUUGGAUCCUUGCACGCUGCCGGGCAUUGCCACUACACUCAUCGACGUCCUCUUCUACUCCAACAGUCCUAAAGAGGACCCGAACGUCGCUGCUGACCUGGAGUGCAAGUUCUUCUCCUUCUCUCUGAUCGAUGGUUACGUGUCUCUCGUGAUGGACACAGAAGCCCAGCGAAAAUUCCCAGCAGAUCUGCUCUUCACAAGCUCAUCCGGUGAGCUCUGGAGGAUGGUUCGGAUUGGUGGCCAGCCGCUAGGGUUCGAUGAGUGUGGGAUCGUAGCUCAGAUUUCUCAGCCCUUAGCAGACUGCGAUAUCUCGGCUUAUUAUAUCAGUACGUUCAGUUUCGACCAUGCACUGGUGCCUGAGGAGGACAUCGCAAAGGUUACAGACAUGCUUCAGGAUCAGAGGAAAGGCGCCGGAUGCUGAUGCAGCCUCGAACGUUCACACUACAAGCGGAAAAGCAUUAGCACAGACAGUGUUGCCAAGACCACUGAAAGUGUUCUGAUUGUGUUUAUAAGCUAGGAUCAGCUCUCCAAGCAAGCGCAGGGUCCAAACACAAAGCAACAUACAUGCAAAAUCUUUUUUUUUUUUUUUGGAUCAGGAAGCUGGCAUACUAAUUGCACACAAAAUGUAGCAUAGAAUUGUUUAUGGACCAAAUGAAUAAUGUCAUAAGGGCAGGUUUUUUUUUUUUGUUUUUUUUUUGUUUUUUUAUUAAGGUGUUGAAGAUCUUGAUUAUUUUGUUCUUUUUUUUUUUUUUAAGGAAACUUUCUGCCAGGUUGGUGCAUUUUUUUCCAAAUUGCAUUUUGUUUGAUUUUUGUAUUUUUUGGAAAAUAGCAGAACGAGUCAUGAUUUGAUUUGUUUUAAAAUUGACUCAAAUUUAAAAAUGUUGACAUAUUCUAAAUAUAGUCAUAUAAUUCUGACUUGUAAUUCUAUUAAAUGGUUGUUUUUUUUAUUUCUUUUUUUUUUAUUUAAAGCAGUUUUGACACAGUUUUUCACAAAUUGACUUCUGGGGAAAAAUGUAUUCAAAUCUCAAGAUUUUUCUAUUUGUCAUAAACAUUUCAUUGUAACCUCUCAGAGAUUCUGAACUAUUCCCCAAACUUCUCAAUUUUGGACUUUUUUUUUUCUCCCAAACUUCAGAUAAUAAAAAAAUUCCUAACACAUUCAUAUUUCGAUCUACCAAACUCAGAAAUUCCAUACAAUUCGAUAUAAUCUUGCGAUCGGCAUGAAAAUAAGAUCGCGGGUCAACUCUUUCGGAAGUAUGCCAUGUUUUUAGGGGAUGAAUGAGUCAGGAUUUUGAGAUGAGUCAAAACCAUUUGAGAAAACUGAUCAGGAUUUUGACAUGCUGCUAAAUCAGAAAAGAAAUAAUGAACCUUUUAAUUACCUUUUUUUUUCACCCUCUUUUGAUCUGGCACAUGUAGAUUUCCACUGAAACUUAGAUGAUCAGUGAGAUGAUAUGAGUGAUGUUUAUCAGCAUUUUUUCUUUCCUAAAACACUAUCAGUGUUAGAUAUUUUUUUCCGAAAUGUUACAAUAAAUUUUCAGACUAACAUUUGAUUCAAAGCGUGAAUUGUAUAUUGUAUAGAUUUCCUUCUGACGGCCGGAUUUGAAGGCUAUAAAAACCUUAGUUACUGAAAAACUUGUUUAUUAUUUUUUUCUUCUCACAAACUUGUAAAUAUCUCCAAAUCCAGAUGUGUUGUGGAAAAAAAAAAAAAAAAGAAAGCAGGAAGUUGAAACUCGUAGUUAUUUUUUUCCCCGCUUCUGUUCACCUUUUGAACUUUCUGGUUUCGGGGUUUUUUUUUUGGAUGAGACUAUUGCGUUGAAUGACGUGUGAUUUUCACUGUCUUCUUUAUGACCCUUAUGCAUCGGGGAAUUUUUAUUUUUUUUAAUGUGGGUUCAACAUAUGUUUAAAUACUCACAUAAGUACACUUUUUUGACCGGUUUAGCCAAAUAACCCCAUCCAAUCACACUAGACUAAACCUUAUUUCAUACAUGGAAGCGAUUCAGGGUUCUGAGCACAAUUCUGUUAUUGGGGUAUUGAAUUUCAAUACUACUGGAGAUUAAAAACCAGUCCAAAGUGCACUGAUGAUGCUGUUGUUCGAGUUCAUAAGUUCAUCUGAUGCAUCAUUCUGAAUGUUUAUUAUAAUAAACCUUCGUUUGAAUCGA